CUCAACCAGAGGCCACCAACUGGGGAGGAGUUUUGGAGGUGCCUUGAAUCGCCAGUCGUUUAUCCGUAUCCUCCAGUGCUUUCUGCGACUUCUCGCCAACCCACACACGACCACAACUACGACGCCCUGACCGACUCACCUCAACCAAAUUGACCCGCUACCCACGAGGCAGGCAGCUGUCGCCAUCGCCACAUCCUGCGCUGACUGCCACUUCGCUCGACACCGUUGCUGACGGCGCACGUUCCAGAGCGCCGUCUGUGUGUUCGUGACGUGGGAAAACACCGCGAGUACCUCGUACACGCAGACCCCCGAUUCCAAGAUUGAGCCUACGUAUAGGCACCGGGACGCUCACUGUCUCGUCAACGAACGCCUCACCCCCCCUGAGCCGCUCAUGCUCGAAAGCGCCGAGGAUCUGCGAUUGUCUACCUCGCACAAUCUCCGAGUGCCCGAUAACCGAAAACUCGUGCGCGCAUCAUGCCGUCAAUCCUCAGCGAGGAGGACAAGGAGACUGUAAAGCGAGUCGUCCCGAAGCAGACGAACAAGAUUCAAGCCGUAGCCGUUGCGAAGUUAUACGUCGCGUACCCUGACCGCACAAAAUGGACCUACACCGGUCUACAAGGCGCCAUAGUGCUUUCCAACGAUCUGGUUGGUAACACUUACUGGCUCAAGCUGGUCGACGUGUCACCGGCGGGUCGAGGUGUGAUUUGGGAUCAGGAGAUCUAUGACACCUGGAAUUACAACCAAGAUCGAACCUUUUUCCACUCGUUCGAGACUGAAGACUGCCUCGCUGGUUUAUCUUUUGUAGACGAGAAAGAGGCCAAACAGUUCAAGAAGAAAAUGGAUGAACGAGAAAAGAACGCUUCGAAGGCAACCAGGAAUACGCCCUUUGGCGGGGCAAGCCAAGGAUCCGGCGGAGGCCACAAGAGCUUCCUCGGUGGUAUUUUUGGUGGACAUAGACAUUCGUCCGCGCCUACGCCACCAGAGUCGCCUCGCACAAGUUUGCCGCCAGUCCAGUCUCAUGCGCGAACACCAUCUGGCACCGUCAAUGGCUUUGCCAAGCAGUCGACCGAAUUCGCGGAAUUGGAAGCUUAUGAUCCCGACUGGCGAGACAACUUUGGCAACUUCUUGCGAGACCAAGGCCUCACGGACGAGUUCAUCAAAGAGAACCAGGGCUUUAUCGUCGAGUUCCUGGAACAACAGGGUGGCGCGCCACCAGCCGAGACUACAAGACAACCUCCGCUACCCCCUGGCCCUGCAAAUGGUACCGCCGGCCGGGCACCACCGCCUCCACCGCCGCCUUCAUCAGAUGCGUCGUUGUCGUCGGGCACUCGCCGUGGAGCGCCUCCUCCACCUCCAGCUCCCCGAAGAUCGGGCAAAGCACCAGACCCGCCAGCACCAAGAGAACCGACACCACCGCAAGAACCUCCGGCUCCGCCAGCACCACGAUUCAAGGCUCCUCCACCACUUGCCGACGCUGGCAAGUUUGCACAUGCCCAGCCUGCGCCACGCCCAACACCUGCUGUUCCUGGCCCUCCACCGCCUCCACGACCAGCCAAGACACCGAUCGAGGACAAAGAAGACUCCCAUGGCCACAAAUUUGGUGUGCCACCGCCGUUCGCUGGCCAGCGGUUGAGCAGCAACCCUCCGCCGCCGCCUGCUCGUGGCCCGGCACCACCUCCGCCACCACGCGACCAGAACCGCUCUCCUCUGUUCGAGCGCUCCGCCUCUACCACCUUCCUCGUCACGACCCGUCCCUGCCCCCCCCCGCGCAAUGCCGCGCCGCCGCUCCCCCCGACAACCGGCAUACCUCCUCCACCUCCGCCGCCUCCACCUCCCGCUGGCUCAGGAGGUCCUCCUCCACCACCUCCUCCGCCGCCGCCCAGUGGUGGUAUUCCUCCGCCUCCACCUCCUCCCCCGCCGGGCGGCGCAGCGCUGCCUAUACCUUCGGUCGAUGCCGGCCGAUCUGCCAUGUUGGGUGAUAUCCAACGAGCAGGCGGUAUUGGAGCGUUGAAAAAGGUGGAUAGAAGCCAGAUCAGAGACCGGAGUGCAGCUUCUGUGCCCGGCGGAUCGGAUACCGGCUCUGGGGGUGGUCCGCCAGCUGGUGGCGCUCCUGGAGGCGCCGGUGGCAUGGCCGACGCACUUCAGGCCGCUUUGCAGAAGCGCAAGACCAGGGUUCGCGACAGCGUGUCCAGUUUGACACAACAAGCCGUCCGCCAGGCAUCGGGCACCCGAACACAAGCGAAGCCGGUCGAGGGCCAGGUCUGGUUCAACGGGAAAACCGUAUUUCUGGGCAAACACGUCAAACCCUUCGCGCGCGAACACGACAUAUUCUUUGGCGCAAGCAUGCGCACCGUGCGCAUCAAGUACCCGGACAACAUGGUUCGCCUGCCGCUGCAGGUACAGGCCACGAAGGAUCACGUCUUCAAUGAGAUACACUACAAAUACUUUAGCGCCAAUAAGCACCCAUUCUGCAAGAGCAUGCUGGACCUUUACGUUCCCAAGAAGCAAAACGAGUCGCUGUGGGCCUGGUACUUUGUGAUCCCGUCGACUGCGGUGCCUACGGUGUGCGGCCAUGCGAGGCGCAGGCUUCGACACGCAUUCCGCACGGCACUCGGCCAACGCGGAUACGACCGCUUUGGAUGGCGCGCAGACCCGGCGACGACGCGGCCGCUGUACAUGGACGCCCGUGGCGAGCCAAUCGUCUCGAAAUACCGGCGGCUCCAGGGCAGCAUCAAGAUAACGAACCCAGCUGCCAAGCCUGUCAUCCACGCCACCUUUGAAGACUUGGUCAAGCAGAUGAAUUUGAUCGUCGUCAACCUGGAGUCUCUCUUGGGCACAGAUGAGCCACCUUGGCAGGCCCGAGGGCCGGAUUCGCGACAGUCUAUUCCUGAUCAUGACGAGGAUGGAGAACUGCGGAUCGGGGACGGUUUCUUCACCACUAAACAUUCAGAGGAACAACCAUGGUCUCAAUGGGGAGACGACCCUGACGGUGACGACGGGUGGUUGGCCAGCAAGGCUCGGAGACCACGCAGAGGAUCAAGCAACAAUUCGCAAUCUCGCAAAGCCAGACCACGACGAGGCUUUAGCUUGCUGGAAGGACACGAAGACCGGUGAAGUGGCAGUAGCUUUUUAUACCUCAGAGAUAAUGCGGUAUCCACGGACCCUGCACGCGGCGCAUUGCCCACCCAGUCUCAAGCAGCCCAUCGCGAGUCGAUUGGCGCGGGUGUGCUUUGCAGGACGACCGGUAAAACGGAGAGAUGGUCAUAGACGUUCGAAUUGAUGCGCUGAAUGGGAGCAAGUCCGCGCAGUCCAGCAGAGCCUUGGUGGGCCGGGCGAACUGUGUACAAUGGUCUGGAUCAGGCAAACGAUACCAUGCUUGCUUCUGAUUCUUCUGCGACAUAGCAUAUAGUAGAGUAGAGCCGAAUAAAGGAGAGAAGUAUCGACAA